CAGGGUCCCUGUGACGAUCCAGCAAAGAAGAUUGUUCACGAAUUCGCCCAUUUGCAGUGGGGAAUCGGUGACGAGUACAAAAGGAGCGAUGCAAGCGAGCCAAAGUGCCCAGAAGGGAAAGAGAACACUGCGGAUAGCAGGGGCGUCUCCAUCAUGGCUUCGACGAAGGAUCCCGCGCAAUUCUUCUGUGAUAACCUAGCCAGAGGAGACCAUGCAAGCAGCGGUGUCCUGCACAAUUCCAAUGCUGAUACCAAUCACAAUGAACUGUGCCAAGGUAGAAGUGCUUGGGAAGUUCUCCGCCAGUACCAGAACUUCAGUAACUCACACACGAGGAAGCACAACGCCACACUGGUACCUGCCUUUCGGUACGCCAUCGAAUGCACCGGUGAGCUGAAUGUGUUCAUCGUCGACGUAACAAAGAAUGCCAGCACCAAAACGCCAGUCAAAAAGUUCUUAGGACGUGCCUCACGACAUGUUGUAGAGUCUUUCAGCAAAUCAACAUCCAACUAUGCCCAUGCAGCCAUCAUCACGUAUGACAGCAGCGGCAAAACUGAUAUCAUCGCACAGUCACCAAAGAUUGUUGUUGCAAACUUGCAAGGGAAGAUGCAGCUGAUCAACAGUAUACGUCAGCUCCGACAUGGAGUGAACUCAGUGAAUGCUGCAUCACUGGAUGCGGCUCUUACGCUUGCCUUGCGCCUGAUGAAUCAUGUCACAAGGGUGAACAAGGCAAUGUAUGAAUCAUCCACAUCGCAAGCUAUCGUCAUCAGCCAGAAUCCACAGCUGCCCAAGUCAACUCUAUGCCUAAGUAACAUACAAGUCCUGUUCUUUGGCUCAUCUCAACCCAUCAGUGAACAGAAUUAUACCUGCAAGUAUUCCCGGAUAAGCCGGAUCUGUCGCCAGAUCCAUCGCCUGGCACAUUAUUCCCGCCACACUGCCAGUUGCACAAGAACAGUAUUCGGAGCGUCCACCUAUAUACCCCAAUCGCAAGACACAAGAACAAUCACGGGCAACAUCAAGCUGAAUGCAAUGGCUGGAAGUUCUGCUGUUGCAGAUCGUAUGGACUAUUACAUAACUGUGAAUAUUGUUGCACCUGAUGAUGCGGAAUAUGGUGGAUUCACAUCAAGAUUUCAAUUCCAGUACUUCGAUCCCAAUGAAGCCGGUCGUAAAAUCAACAUGACGGUGAAUGAUCCUUCAAAUUUCCGUACAUGGCGGAAACAGUUUGAGGCUUCCAGUACCGUUGGAAUGAUAGCGUUCACCCUGAACAUCACUGCAAGUACACCAGGCAGGUACAGGCUUCUUGUCAACGCUACUCCGAAGCCGACGGCAUCCAGUACAGUGCCACUAGUCCAGGACGACAACUGGUUCACUGAGAUUCCCACCGGCUCCCGUGUCAGCCAUACACCAUGUGAUUGCCUUUAGUCACUCUUUUUAAAACCAAAAGGAGUAA